AUGCCUCCUCUUAACCUAUCUAACCUAUCGCAACUUAACGAAUAUUCUGCUCUACUUGACAGAGAUAAGCACCGGGUUGGAUCUUUAAAGAUCUAUGAAUAUUUACGCAAUCAUAAUGUAAAUUGUGUUAUGUUUGAAAAUGAUGGGUUUCCGGCCAUUUUAGGUCGUUACAAAAGCAAAAUGUUUUUUGUUGUUGUUCAUUAUUGGAAUCCGGAUAUACCGCGUUAUGCGGAUGGAGAGGAUCUUAAGGAGGCAUAUAAAAGAUAUGAAAAAUUUAUGUGGCAAUUUUCUAGCAAGUUUAUGUCUUUUUUUUAUUGUACAUUGAAGAUAACUGAUGAUGUGAAGGAAAUGGUUAAACGUAACCGACAUCGUUACAAUACAUUUUAUGUUAAUGAUGCUUCUAAAAUUAAGGAUCAUCUUGAAUGUUCUGAAGAAACUAGGGUGAAUUCGUAUAAUUUCGGUAGAUCCUCACGUUUUGAUGAAGAAAUUAAGAAGAUGUUGCGUUUCUUUACGUUAGCUAAAAAUCCGAGCCUUGACUAUCCUACUGGUAUUAAAUUUCAUGAACUGGUUCUUUAUGAUAUUGAUAUUGACGGUAUGAAUUUUGAAUUGGAGUACUGUGGAUUUGAUAUGUUUGCGUUUUUGGAUGGUGAAUUUGGCUUGGAUCGUAAAGGAUAUAGUUAUUAUUUUGUUAUCAAAGAUGGAACAUUAGACAGUGGAACGAGUGUUGUUGAUGGACAAGUUGAAGCUCUUAAUGCAGCGAUUAUGAAAUUUUUUCAGAUUAAGUGGGAAAAGUUAUAUGGAAUUUUUUUUUAUAAAGAAGAUAAUGACGAAAUUUCGAGGUUGAAAGCAAAGUAG